AGGCAUUCAAUUUCUCCUCCCCCAUUUCCCACCAUCUUCCCACGAAGGCCCCCAACCUCUUCCUGCUGUAUAUAGCACAGUCGAUAACGUCAAUCCUCUUCCACAAGCACAAACCACAAAGUCACCCCCACCUCCGAAAAAGACACCUCAAAAAGAACACAAUGGCAUACAUCCGCUUCGACGGCGACUGGGACCCAAGCACCAGCCUCGCCGAGCAGGCCAGAAGGCUCGUCACAGACCGCCUCAGUCGAGGCGUUACACUUGGAGAGCUGCUGGAUGACCAGCGUGCCUGUCUGAGGGGCAGCCCAACGAAGACAAUGUUGUGGCUGUUUCACAUGUUCAUAAUUCGGGAAAUCAAGAACAGAUUCGAUGCGGCCAGGCCCGAAUAGGGUGGAGGAGAGGGGCAGGAGGCCUGAACGUACCUAGUGGUACCGACUUCCAUGUCAAUUUUGAUUCCUUUUCCUCCCUCGGAAGGAGCCACCCACCACUGUUCUAGCGAACACUGCAGUUUGCCAACGUACUCC